GCUGACGGCUACGCGGCGACGGUGGUGCGUGCCGACGACAGUAUAAUUUUUUUCGGGUUGUUUUCGUUUGCGCCGCGGUGCACAGUCGGUCCGCGCGCGCGCGGGUUUGUUGUCGUUCGCGGUAUUGUUUUCAUUGCAAACAUUUCCGCGGAAAGACCGUCGAGUCUCGCGUGUUUCUCUAGUACGGACGACCCGCGACCGUGUAAAUAUAUACGUACACAAUCACACGUAUAUAUAUAUAUAUAUGUGUGUGUGUGUAUACGCGCCCGCACACACACCUAUCGACCGAUAUACAUUUAUAUCUAUAUAUAUUUAUUCGUGAUUGAACUCGCGAAAUAAUAGUAACUAUAAAAUAAAACACCUACACCUUUUGUCAUUCUAAAUAAAUACGUUUUUUUUUUAUUUUUUUUUUUUCGCGGAUACGUAACAAACGAUAUUAAUAACCGUCGCUGUGAGUGGAUAUCGUACGAUCGUGCGUAUUGCACAAUAAUAUUACACCCGUAUCGUCAUGCACACGCUGUUCGGCGACCAAAACGCGUACUACCGGACGGGCAUGUACCCGGGAACUUCGAAUCCGGCCGCGUAUCCGGGCGCUUACGAGCAGUACGCCCGGUACGGGUACAACCCGGCAGCCGGUUACCAGGCGUCACACCACCAUCACCACCAUCACGUGGUGUCUGCCGCAGCGGCCGCGGCCAAGGAUAUGGUCAAGCCGCCGUACUCGUACAUCGCCCUGAUAGCGAUGGCCAUACAGAACGCGUCGGACAAACGGUGUACGCUCAACGGUAUCUACCAGUUCAUCAUGGAGCGGUUCCCUUACUACCGGGAGAACAAGCAGGGCUGGCAGAACUCGAUCCGGCACAACCUGAGCCUGAACGAGUGUUUCGUCAAGCAGCCGCGCGACGACAAGAAGCCGGGUAAGGGCAGCUAUUGGACGCUGGACCCGGACUCGUACAACAUGUUCGACAACGGGUCGUACCUGCGGCGCCGGAGACGGUUCAAGAAGAAGGACGCGCUCAAGGAGAAGGAGGAGGCCAUUAAGCGGCAGCAGGAGCUCAUGCUGAAGAAGGUCACCGAGGAACAGUGUAAGUUGCUGUUGCACGGCGGCAGCGGUGGUGUCAAGGAGCUGAUGCACGUAGACUGCAACAAACAGCCGAAAAAAGAGCCGGGCGUACAGCCGCCGUCCACGCCUCACCAGUCCAACGGCGGUGACCAGGCUACGCCGCCGACGUCGAGUGGACCGGCUUCGUCGGUGCCACCGCCGCCGCCUCCGGCGUACCACCAGCAUCACCAUCACCUGCAGUACGACAACGAUCACCAGGACGAUUCGCCGUCAUCCGCCGCAGGUAAUCACCUGCACCAUCACCAUCACAGGUAUAUGACCACUCCGACAGUGGCGGCUGCCGCCGCGGCUGCCGCGGCCGCUACCGGCGAUCACCAUCACAGCCACGGCGAUGAGUUCGCCUCGCACCAUCACCAGUACGUGGCUGCUGCCGCGGCAGCCGCGGCGGGUCAUCAUCGGCCGCCCGGCUGGUAUAGCGCCGACCCGUCAGACUUUUUCGACGCUGUCGUGCCCAAUCCGGUGGCCGCGGCUACAGCGGCCGGAUGUGGAUUCCGCAACUCGCAUCACUCCACACCCGGUACCCACACACAACUGCACAAUUACUAUCAACUGCAACAGCAACAGCAACAACAACAACAGCAACAGCAACAACCGCAUGACGGAAAUUCAUCUGUCAAGUUUUCGUCACAACUAUAACGACGACGACUACGACGGGGAAGGGCGAGCUGCUGCUACUGCUGUCAGACGAACAAAUUGUACUCGUCCGCGUGAGAAGCCAGAAAAACGCGUCGCGCGCCGCAACUGAGACGAUUGUGCCGCAGGAAGACGAGAGAGAGAAUAAAAAAAUUCACCAAAUCGAGACACGAACCACAUGCUGCCAGCUGUCACUCCUCGGAAAACGCGUCCGCCGACUAGGCUUAUCAGGUGACGGACGGAUGGACGGUCGUGCGUGUAUCUUUCGCGGUGGCUCACAGUCCGACGCCCAUUUGUGUGUGUGUGUGUGUGUGUGUGCGUGUGUGCUGUCAAUGUUUGUUUUAUACAUAUUAUAUAUUAUUAUUAUUUGUCAUUUUUUUUCAAUUCAUAUGUUAAAUGCCUCACGAAGAUCCGAUAAUUUUACACGUUUAAACAAUUUAAGGACGCAUAUAUAUAUAUAUAUAUAUAUAUGUGUGUGUUUAAUAGUAAUAAGUAUUUACUAGUUCAUAUGUUCAUUCAAUUCGGUAUACAAAAGUGGCCCACUGUGAUUUCCCACUUUCCUGUGUUAGUUAAACAAUAACCAUCGGGAAAACUUGGUGAGCCAUAUUAUGUAUAUACAUCAUAAUAUAAUAUAGGUGCUUAUAAACUACUAUUGCAUUAUUCAAUGCUUGAGUUGACAAAUUAAUUAAAAGGAAACGUAAUCAAGUUACACAAUAUUAACAACAACAAAAAAUAUAUCCUUUUUAUAUACGUGAUGCUUUAAUUAAACUAUUGAAGUAUAAAAGCCAAUACCAUCCCAUUCUAUGAUAACUCUCGACAGAUUUAAGUCUAACUGCAGUAAUGAUAAAAAGCAAAAUUACAAUAUUUAAAAAAUAUUAUUUAUUUUAAUUUAUUUUUUCAUACAUUUUUUCUAAAAAAUAUAAAUAAGAUGCUUUAAAAAUUAGUUUUAUAGGUUAUUAUUUAACUUCCUUGUCAAAUAACAAUUUCAAUCACCGUGUGAACAUACGUUUAUCGUUCAUGAUUUUUGCUAGACGUUGUUUGCUAUAUAAUAAUGAUGUUUUACCUAAAUUGUACAGGUACAAAUCACAAAAAAAUUUCAAAUAUUCUAUCGAAUUACUCUUUUGAGUAUAUUAUGCGAUUAUCGUAUCGUAUACUAUUGUUCACGCAGCGCAUUCGUGUGCUAUGUAUCGCGUGGUAAAAUUAUAUUAAUAAUAAAAAUAAUAAUUUAUUGCCUCAUAAAGCCAUAAUAUUACCAUGAUACGAAUAAAUAUGUAUCUACUUACAAAUUACAAUCCUUUUGCCGUUGUAAGUCGUAUACGAGUUGUCACGAGAACAACACGUUAUUAUAUUACACAGGUGCAGAGGAGCCGACGACAGAAACGUCCGUGAGUCUUUUCACAUUCAGUCGUAAAUUAUAUAAAACGGUUAGUUGACUAUAUCCAUCGACUAUCAUCGCUUGGUUGUGAUACACGUAUUGUGGAAUGUCUGAAUGUAUACGAUGAGGUUUUGAUUUAUCAUCUUGAUUUCACCUCCAUGAUGCGUAUUUUCAUCAGUGAUUUGUAACGAACAUUGUAGGCAUUUAAAAACGUAGUAGGUACAUUAAUAACACCCAUAAUAAUGUUCAUAAUUAUGUUGUAAGAAUUUUAAUAACUUAAUCAUU